AUGACAGGAAAACUCACUGUAUCUCAUCCGUUUGGAAACCCGGCGCCAUUCGCCGAGCCAGCCUGGUACAAUGUCCUUGAGUCGCCGUACUACAAUGAGAGUCAUCGCAAGCUUCGAGCCUUCGUGCGUGACUACCUCGAGAAGCACGUAGUUCCUGUUGUUGAAGAGUGGGAGGAGACUGGCGAGGUGCCUCUGGAUGAGAUUGUUCGUUGGGCUCGGUCUGGUCUCGCUUUCCAGGACAUGCCAGAGAAAUACAGGCCAGGCAUCGGCCUCCCAGCUGGCAUUCCCGAAAAAGAGUGGGACAUCUUCCACUUCAUAAUUCUGCAUUCAGAAACCGCACGCGUUGGAUAUGUGGGAUGUCUGGGUGGUGGUUCAGUCAUUGGGGCUCCUCCUAUCGUCAAUCAUGGGAACGAGGAGCAACGAGAGCGCUGGCUUCCCGGCAUCUUCACAGGGGAGACGAGAUUUUGUCUUGGUGCCACGGAGCCAUCAGGUGGCUCCGACCUAGCGAAUUUAAAAACGACUGCUAAGAAAUCGCCCGACGGAAAGUUCUAUAUUGUAAACGGCCACAAGAAAUGGAUUUCUGGAGCUCUAGUUUCGACCCAUAUGACCACCGCAGUGCGAACGGGUGGCCCGGGAGCCAAGGGAGUGUCUGUUCUUGUCAUACCGCUAUACCUGCCUGGUAUCUCACGUCGCAAGAUCAAAAAUAGCGGAGCCAACGCUGCCGGAAGUGCUUGGGUAACUUUGGACAAUGUCAAGGUGCCCGUGGAGAACUUGAUUGGAAGAGAGAAUCAUGGUUUUGCAUAUCUCAUGACGAAUUUUAACGAUGAACGCUUCCUCAUGUGCGUGAACAUGAACUCCUACGCCAGAGUUUGUCUAGAAGAUGCGUGGGCUUACUCUAUAGACCGUCACACCUUUGGACAGACAUUGUUUGGGCAUCAAGUCAUCCGGCAUAAGCUCGCUACGAUGGCACGGUAUAUCGAAUCCCACUGGGCUUGGGUUGAACAGAUUGCAUAUCAUAUCAAGGCCACGGGAGGCAUCGGUCCGGAGUUGUCCUCAAGAAUCGCCCUUUGCAAGGUGCAGGGUGGAAGGCUGCUCGAGCUGGCGAAUCGAGAAGCCCAACAGAUAUUGGGUGGAAACGGAUAUCAACGGGGUGGCAUUGGUAGACGCGUAGAGCAGAUCAGCCGGGAUUUGAGAAUGUCCAUCGUCGGUGGAGGGAGCGAGGAAAUCAUCACGGAUCUCGCGGUUCGCCAAGAGAUGAAGCACGCGAAAGCAAGGGGUUCAAAGCUGUAA